AGAUAUUGAGUGUUGAGGCAGAAGGUAGGGGUGAAUUUGAAGCUAUGGGGAGGCCUCCUUGCUGUGACAAAGUAGGCAUCAAAAAGGGUCCAUGGACACCUCAGGAGGAUAUCAUCCUUGUCUCUCACAUCCAAGAACAUGGUCCAGGAAAUUGGAGAUCAGUGCCAACUAAUACUGGGUUGUCUAGGUGUAGCAAAAGCUGCAGACUUAGAUGGACAAAUUACCUGAGGCCAGGAAUCAAGAGAGGAAACUUCUCUACUCAUGAGGAAGGCAUGAUAAUUCAUUUGCAAGCUCUACUGGGUAACAAAUGGGCAGCAAUUGCUUCCUACCUUCCACAAAGAACAGAUAAUGAUAUAAAGAAUUAUUGGAACUCACAUUUAAAGAAGAAAUUGAAGAAAUUUCAAGCAGCCUUGGACCCCCACCAAGUAUCAGACUCAACAACCAAUGAUUAUGCAUCUAAGAUUUUUAAUGAAAGAAGAAAUUUAGAUAUCAGAAGCAACCAUGCCUCAUCCCUUAGGCUUGAUGAGUCUCAUUGUCAAUCCUCUACCUAUGCCUCAAGUGCUAAGAACAUCUCAAGACUCUUACAAGGUUGGAUGAGAUCUUCUCCAAAGCCAAACACCCUAUCCAAAGGAACACAAGACAAAGAGCAACAAAGCAAUGAUAACUUUGAAAACAAUAGUUUAGUGAAGUCUGCAUCAGUGCCUGCUUUUAACAAAGAGUGCUGCUCCUACAAAACCAAAGAUGAGCAAGAGGGUGGGGAUAUAGUGCCCCAUGAAGAGUUUGAUUCUAUUUUAUUGUUUGAGAAACUAAACUAUGCUGCUUGGGACAAUUCCACUUGUGAUACUAAGCAAGAAAAAUGUUCAGAAGCUUCUCCUGAUAAAGUGCAUGCUAUACCAGAGGGGAAUAGGCAAAGAUCUGAGAACAGUGCUCCUCCAUUGUCUUUUCUUGAGAAGUGGCUUUUGGAUGAAAAUGUUGGUCAGGUAGAGGACAUGAUGGAAUUAUCUCCAAUGUUCUAAUGGAGCAAUCAUCAAUCCCUAUGUUUGGGAUAUGACAAUUCAAAAUAUGAUCAGUUAGAGGAAAAUAAAACAAAGAAAAAUCUUUGAUGUGAGGGUUUAUCCUGAAAAUUUGUUGAGGUUCUGAGAAGUUGGCAUCUUUUCAAUAUGCAACUUGAUAUUUAUGAAUGAUUUAAUUAUCUAAAGUGAGCUUAGUGUGUUUUGCUCU